CGGCCAUUUAAAACAGCUGAGGUGAUUAUCAGAAAUGCAGUCGUGCAAUUUUCUAAGAGGAGUUGUAAAUUUUGCAUCAACGCUUCCAAACGUGCGAUCAUUUUCCCGGACACUUGGAGCCAUGGUUAAGGUUGGAGAUAAACUUCCAUCAGUCGAUCUUUUCGAGGAUUCGCCUGCCAAUAAAAUCAACUCUGCCGAGCUUGUAAAUGGCAAGAAGGUGAUAAUUUUCGGUGUACCCGGUGCCUUCACACCAGGCUGCUCAAAGACGCACUUGCCUGGUUAUGUUAGCACUGCAGAUGCUUUGAAAGCUGAGCAGGGAGUGGAUGAAAUCGUUUGCGUCUCCGUCAACGAUCCAUUUGUGAUGUCUGCCUGGGGCAAGGAACACGGCGCUGGCGGCAAGGUGCGCAUGCUUGCUGAUCCAGCUGCUGCCUUUGCUAAGGCUUUAGAUGUAAGCCUUGAUCUUCCACCGCUGGGCGGUGUGCGUUCUAAGCGCUUCUCCAUGGUCAUAGAAAAUGGCGAGGUCAAGGAGCUAAAUGUGGAGCCUGAUGGCACUGGACUCAGUUGCUCGCUGGCCAACAACAUUGGCAAGAAGUAGGCUUCCCUAUAAACAACUUGAAUUGCUUUUAGCAGCACAAUCGCAUGUUAAUUAGUGCCAGAUAUCAGAUUUUCAAUUAUAUAUUUGGAAAAUGCCUAUAUGUAGUACAUACAAUAUAUGAAAUUAGAAAAUGAAAAACUAAA